CGUCAAUACGUGGGUCAACGACAUUAAUGACCAACACCCAGAGUAGUUUGUCUAAUGGGAAACAAACCACAGUAGAUGGUUCGGUAGCAUCACCAGUAGGUGGCACCACAUCAGCACCAGAACAUGACGCCACAUCAUCAUCAAAAGAUGGCGUCACAGGUAAAUCAGAAGAUGGCGCCUCAUCACAUUCAACAGAAAAACCAACGACUCCAUCAGGAAAUGGCAUCACAUCAUUACCAUCAGACCUUGCCACAGAUAUACCGGUAGGUGGCGCCACACAAACAGAUGGCGCCACUGCGUCACCAGUAGCAGGUACCACAGAUGCACCAGUCGGUUGCACCAAGCCACUGAAUGUAAACAGUGAUACUGUGCAGAGAAUUCUGGGAACGAUCUUCGGACAAUGUACUGGGGAUGCCAUAGGAUUACUGACAGAGUUUAUGGCAAAGGAGGAAUGUAAAGAGCACUACAAGGCAGUGAGGAAAGAACUAGAAUAUUCCCACAAGAUUGUGGACUAUCAUCGUACACACUGGACGUCCGGAGACUGGACAGAUGAUUCAGAUCAGAUGAUUCUCAUAUUUUUGUCAAUCAUCGACAAUAACGGCAAG